AUGUCAGAAACCGCCGGAACGGCCUCCGUUCUCCACACGCAUACUUCAAUCGAUCCAUCUCAACGAGAAAUAUCCCAUCCGCCAAAAUCAUACACCUACUACCAUGCCGGACCAUUAUUUACGCUCGCGGAGCUCCACAACAACGUUCUUUUGUCCAAGGCCAUCGAAAAACACUCUUCCGGGAAACUCAUCGCUAUCUUGCCGCAAGAUCUAGAACAAAGAGAUCUCAGUCCACAUUCCAUUAGAGAUGAAGAUCUUCGCGCCUUGCUCUCAUGCGAUAUGGCCAUGUUCACAUACGACGGCGCAGAGCUCGAUGCCGGUACUGUCGUUGAGUACAUGGUGGCCAAGAUGGCAGACAUUCCCACCGUUAUCUUGCGGACGGACUUUCGCGGGGCCGGCGACCAAGGUGGAUCAGGCGAUCCGUGGAACUUGAUGACCUCGUGUUGGCCGAGGACGGUCGGUGUGACGAUCAACGCUAUGGUGGGGUAUAAGAUGAGUCUGUCCAAGGCGAUGAAUGAGGGGCAAGAAGGAUCCGCUGGCGAAUACAUGCUCGAGAAUGUGGCGCAGAAGGUCGUUGACGCCUUUGAGGAGGUCCUCAAGGAACCACCCCGGAUGCCGAAGGAAGUGAGGAAGAGUGUGUACCAGUGGCUGGCUCUUAUGCCGGGGUUUAGGAAUGGAGGCGAUCAGCACAAUCUUGAGACUUUCGCGAAGCUGUGCCAGGAGAAGCACUCCAAAGGCUUGUUAUGA